AUGGAAACAUCAUUGGUUUUCUUUUCUCAAUUAAGUAUGUGCGAACCAAAAGAAAAAACUAUUUUCAAGUUAAUACACGGUUCAGGAAAAGAAGAAACAAGCAAAGAAGCCAAAAGCAGAGCUAAGGAAAAAAGAAAUAGGCUAAGUCUUCUGGUGCAGAAACCUGUGUUUCACGAUGAUACUCCCUCCAGUAGAUCUGGGCAAUUGGCCAAAGAAACAAGAAUCUCCCCAGAAGAAGCAAUAAAAUGGGGUGAAUCAUUUGACAAACUGCUUUCCCAUAAAGAUGGACUGGAGACUUUUACCAAAUUUCUUAAAACUGAAUUCAGUGAGGAAAACAUUGAAUUUUGGAUAGCCUGUGAAGAUUUCAAGAAAAGCAAAGACCCUCAACAAAUAAUUCGUAAAGCGAAAGCAAUAUAUGAGAAAUUUAUACAGAAUGAUGCUCCACAAGAGGUUAAUCUUGAUUUUCACACCAAAGAAAUCAUCUCCAAGAGCAUCACCCAACCCACCCUCCACAGUUUUGAUGUUGCCCAAAGCAGAGUAUAUCAGCUCAUGGAACAAGAUAGUUACAUGCGUUUUCUGAAAUCUGACAUCUAUUUAGACUUGACAGAAGGAAGAUCACAGAGACCAACAAAUCUUAGAAGACGAUCGCGUUCAUUUACCUGCACUGAAUUUCAGGAUGUAAAGUCAGAUGUUGCCAUUUGGUUAUAA